UAUUACAAAACUGGCUUAGUAGCACUCUGCCUGACUUAACUUAGUCUCUUUGUAGAAAGUAUUUCACAGAGAACUUCAAAGAAUUAUUGAGUUUUUGAAGAUAUUUUGACAAAUGGCUCCCAGUUUACCUAACUGUCGCAAUCUGAAAGUUCCUCGGGACAUCUCCUUCUCUGGAUCUGGAUUCCUGGCCACCUACCAGCUAGGAGUAGCCCUAUGUUUCUUCAAGUACGCUCCCUGGAUUCUGCGCUCGGCAGUCUGCAUCCUUGGUGCUUCUGCUGGAUCUUUGAUCGCUACAGCUGUGGUCUGUGAAAUGAACAUGUUCGCCAUUCGUGAUGAAAUCCUUCAAUUUGCCAAGCAUGUGACAUCGUUUAUUCUCGGACCAUUUGACCCUUCAAUUAAAGUUGCCAACUGGUUAGAACGACUUUUGGACAAAUAUCUUCCUCCUGAUGCGCACCGCUGGGCCAGAGGUCGCCUUGGUAUUGCAGUGACCCGUGUGACUGAUGGGAAACAGUUGAUACUAUCCGAUUUCAAUUCCAAAGAAGAUAUAGUGCAGGCUUUGCUUUGCAGCUGCUUUGUGCCUGGACUUAGUGGCUAUCUGCCCCCAACUUUCAGAGGAGAACAUUACAUAGACGGUGGUUUGAGUAACAUACAGCCCAUGUUGCCCGACUCAUCUGAUGUCACAUUGACUGUUUCGCCAUUUUCUGGAGACGCUGACAUCUGUCCCGCCGACCCACCCUGCAGCCUAGAAAUGGUUGUAGGCACUGCAGUGUUAAAGUUCAGCAAGAUGAACAACUUCCGAAUCCUUAAUGGCCUUUACCCCACAGAUUUGGGGACUAUUGAACAAGCUUUUUACAAUGGCUUCAAAGACGGGAUCCGCUUUCUUCAAAUUAAUGAUCUUGUCCCAUCUACAAUGAACGAAGGUGCUGAAAUGACACUGAGGGAUGGCCAAACCAACAUGUGGAAAUACCUGGAAGCUUCCAAAGCAGAACUGGAGGAUCUGGAGAUGAAAGUGGAGAACACAGCAAUGGAAAGCUACAGUUCCAUGUGGACAAACAGCUCCACUGAGCCACAGCUCUUUAGAGAUUCUCAUUUUCACUUUGAUGUGGUAAAAAAUGUUCUUUUGGGAAAUGCUUCAACCUAUCUGAGCAUGUUGAGACUACCUGCAAGAAUUUUAUCAAAUCUGCUUCUUCCUCUUGUGGUGUCUUUUUAUGCACUUCUCCAGAGCAGACAAAGAAUGGAGUUGGUGUUCAGACAACUGCCUGAAUUUGUCUUUUGGACAUGGCAUGGUGCCAGACAGUGUUUUCUGUUUCUUUUCAAUAUAGUUGUCCAAACCCUGAAGAAGGACAUGGAAAAAAGGGUAAUGAACUGCCUCCUGUUUUUGCAAUGGCUGAACGUUUACUCACAUUAUGGAAAAUGACCGUCCAAGCAACUAAAUUCACAAGAUGGCCUGUUCUGGAAAACAAUGUGUACCAUGUGAAACCAACUUUACAAAAACGGAUGGAUGGCGCUUACAGAUGUGGAGAGGUUUUGGGAUGAGCUGAAGACUGAGCUGACAUGUGUUUGCCACAAGACAAGCAAUGGUCAGUGUUAAUAAUGGUUGACUUUCUUUUAGACACUUUGACCAAAAACCUUUGUCAUAUACCACCAAAAAAAAAACCCAAAACCUUCUAUAAAAAUCUAUGCCAAAUUUAAAAAGGUGUUGUGUGAACACUUAAUAUUUCCUGUUGCACUUUGCUUUUUUUCUAACUUCUGUUAUUGCACUUUGAGAUUUGUAUUUUGUGUCUAUGUUGUAUUGCUCAAUAAAACUUCUUCCUUGUUGAAA